AUGAGUGGUGUCACCCACGAACAGCUCGCCAUCCUGACUAGCGGAGGUCGACAAGCAACGUACUAUACCCCGAAUGAUGUCCCAAGCGGGGACGUCACCUUCCAAAAGCCCCUGCCCAACCCCCUGCCUAUUAGGAGACCAUCUGGGGACAUAUCGAACAUAUCCAACGGCUCCUGUCCGACCACAUAUUACCACAACAACCCAACUACGCUGAGUGGUCCCCACGGCAUAGCGCCACGGUCCACCAGCUAUGGAGCACCGGACUCUGACAGUCAGCCUGAUAGGGACAGCUCCGCCGCCCCAGACAGUGUCCCGAAGUAUCCGAACCCCCAGGCUGAGAAACGUACAUUGUACUUCGGCAACCUGUCGGACAAAUCUACCCACAGGGACCUCGCCAACAUCAUCCGCGGAGGAAGACUGACGGAUAUCCACUUACGUCCCGAACAGCGCUGCGCCACGGUCACCUUCGUCGAGGGAGCAGCCGAAUUCCUUGCGUUUGCAAAGCGGAAUGACUUCUACUUGCACCAGAAGAGGAUCGACAUCCGUUGGAACGAUCGCCAAUUCCACACCACACCUCACAUGGCCCACAAAAUCUCCCGCGGCGCCACUCGCAACCUCGUCAUCCGUGGUGGGUACCCUCGCCUCACUGAGUCCGCCAUUCGCGACGACAUGGAGCAUGUUCACAACCUCGUCAUCCUCUCGGUGACCGUCCGGGACUCCGAUAUCUACAUCUCCACUAACUCGAUCAACUAUGCCAUGUUCGCCCGCACAUGCAUGACCUCCCGCCAACCCUACCGCGGGCUGCGGAUCGAGUGGUAUGCGGACGAGUGCGCUGAACCCCUUCCGACGCCCAGGCGGUGGCAGGUGCCCUCCCAGAUGCCGGGUCCGAGGGUCAUGAAGCAGCCGCAGGUUAACACGGUGCAGCUGGCGAAUCGGUUCGGGUUGCUGAAUUGUGAGGGGACCGAGGAUGGGAGUGACCUGGAUGGUGAGAUCGAUGAUGAAGAGAGCAGCUCCUUCGAGAGGAUCGGCGGUGUUGGGGUCAUUUGGGCUCCGGAGGGAAUUGCUGCGUAG